CUCUUUCCCAACGGUUGUGUUCGCUCCACGUUCUAAAAAAAAACGAUUAAUAAACUAAAAAUUUACCACAAACCAAUUCUAACAAGAAUAUAACUCGCGAUCCUGUGAAUUUAAUCAAGGAUAUUAAGCAAUAAAACUAUUACACUAACAAAUACUCAAUUUAAUAGUAUGUCGAAUCAAGUGCUAUUAGUAAAAUAAUUAAAAAUAUAUUCAUACUCAAAAUCAUAGCAAAACAUAUUCAGAAUUUAAACAUUUAAAAAUCCCUAAAAGGGAAUUUAUAGUGCCAUUUGAUACUAAAUCAAAUAAAAAAUAAUAUCUAAAAACAAAAUGGAUUUAUCAAGGCGGUCUCGAUUACCGCCCUUGAUAGGAUUCAUUCUAUUACUUUGUAUUCAAACGUCACAGUCAAGAUUUUUUGGUGAGCGGUUAAAAAGACAAAAUGGGGCACAUAUGUAUCUUCCCGCGAGUUCGAUAAUACCUGGGGGUGAGGGUGAUGAUUCCACAGAAUGGAGUGAUUGGAGUUCGCCAUCUGAAUGUUCGAGAUCAUGUGGAGGCGGUGUUUCGUUUCAGACAAGAGAAUGCUUAAGAACAGCGCCAAAUGGUGCUCCUAUAUGUAGGGGAGGAAAUCGUAAAUAUUUCUCUUGCAAUACGCAAGAUUGUCCUGAAGGGGAACCAGAUUUUAGAAGUCAACAGUGUUCCCGUUUUAAUCAUCAGCCAUUUGAUGGAAUUUACUACGAGUGGGUUCCUUACAAAAAUGCUCCCAAUCCUUGUGAGUUAAAUUGCAUGCCUAAUGGCGAGCGUUUUUACUACAGACACAAGGCUAAAGUUAUUGAUGGAACACGAUGCAAUGAUAAAGAUCUAGACGUAUGUGUUGAUGGUCAAUGUCAACCUGUGGGUUGUGAUAUGAUGCUCGGAUCUGAUGCGAAAGAGGACAUUUGCCGUAAAUGUGGAGGUGACGGCACAACAUGCCGUACAAUUGCAGAUAGAUUUACUACAAAUAAUCUAGCUGCAGGCUAUAAUGAUUUGCUGUUGAUACCAAGUGGUGCCACGAACAUUCGAAUACAAGAGACAUCACCAUCAAACAACUAUUUAGCUUGUCGGAACUUAAGUAGUCAUUAUUAUUUGAAUGGAAAUUUCCGAAUAGAUUUUCCUAGAUCAAUGGAAUUUGCUGGUUCAUGGUGGAACUACCAAAGGAAACCUAUGGGCUUUGCCGCACCAGAUCAGUUAACUUGUCUUGGCCCCAUUAAUGAACCAGUUUUUAUUGUGAUGUUGGUUCAAGACAAAAAUGUUAGUAUCGAAUAUGAAUACAGCAUUCCGCAAUCAGUUAGUUCUAAUACACCUGAUGUUUACACCUGGACCCACAUGGAAUAUGGACCCUGUAGUGCAUCCUGCGGUGGUGGAACCCAGACACGUGCAGUCACUUGUAAUAACCGACUAAAUUUGGAAGAGGUUGACGUAAGCUUUUGUGAUGAAAAGGCGAAGCCAGCAGAAAGUCAAGAAUGUGGAACGGAACCGUGUGCUCCUCAUUGGGUUACUAGUGAAUGGGGAAAAUGUUCUAAGGGUUGUGGCUCAGACGGCAUGCAAAAUCGAACUGUUACUUGUGAGCGUACUUCUCCAACAGGAGAAAAUACUAUUGAAGAAGACUCAGUUUGUUUGGAAGAAGUUGGAAAUAAGCCUGCAAAUCAGCAAGAGUGCAACCGGGAUAUUGAGAACUGUCCCAAAUACCAUUUAGGUCCAUGGACACCAUGUGAUAAAUUAUGUGGCGAAGGCAAGCAAAGGCGAAAAGUUACUUGCUAUAUUGAAGAAAAUGGUCGAAAAAAAGUUUUAAAUGAUGACGAUUGCAUUGAAGAAAAGCCAGAAACCGAAAAAAUGUGCAUGUUGACUCCAUGCGAAGGUGUGGAUUGGAUAAUAUCGCCUUGGAGUGGUUGCGAUGCUUGUGGACAAACAACAGAAACUCGUACUGCAAUUUGCGCUUCCAAAUCCGGAAAGGUUUAUGAUGAUGAAUUUUGCGCACCUGAAACACCAUCUUUGUCCAGGCCUUGUGAAUCCAAGAAAUGUAAAACUCAAUGGUUUACAUCCGAAUGGAGUAAGUGUUCAUCGCCGUGCGGCAAAGGCAUUCAGUCACGUGUUGUUUUGUGUGGAGAAUUCGAUGGUAAAACCAUUACCAAAGUAACGGACGAUUCUCAAUGCGAUGAAACUACUAAACCUGAAGCUGAGCAGGAAUGUGAAGGUGAAGAUAAGGAGUGUCCUGGUCAGUGGUUCACUGGGCCAUGGGAAUCAUGUACUAAGCCUUGUGGGGGAGGCGAGAGGCAGCGCGAGGUCUUAUGUUUGUCAAACGGUACAAAAUCCAAUAACUGUGACGAAUCGAAAAUAGAGUCGCUAUCUGAGAAAUGUAAUACUCAGGCCUGCACGGAAGAUGAGGUCAUGCCUGUAGAAAGUACAGAUAAGCCGGUUACUGAUGAAGAAUAUGAAGAAGACUGUGAAGAAGAAGAGGACGAUGAUAACAUAAAAUAUGUAACAGAUAAAAUGAGUGAAGAUUUGAAGAUUUCCGAUGGUAUUGAUUUCGAUGAAGAAUCAACAAUGUCAUCAUUGAUAACUGAUGAUCUAAUGUUGAGUGACAGUACUCCUGCAGUUGACACUACAGAUGAGGAAAUCUCUACCGAUACCCCUCUCACUACUGUCGAUGGUUCAGGUGACGAGACAGAGGGUACUCAGCUCUCUAGUAUUGUUACUGAAGGUAGCGGUGAUGGUACAGAAACAACUUCUGAAACUACAGAUCGGUCCCAAUCAACUGAUUCUUCAGAAUCAACAGGAUCUGAUUCUACUGAAUCAACAAUUUUAUCAACGGAAGACUCUACAUCCACUGAAUUAUCUUCAUCAACGGAAUCUUCAUUAUCAACUGAUUCUUCUCUAUCGUCUGAAGCUUCUUCACCAUCCGAAUCUUCUUCAUCAACAAUUUCAUCAACGGAAGACUCUACAUCCACUGAAUUUUCUUCAUCAACGGAAUCUUCAUUAUCAACAGAUUCUUCUCUAUCGUCUGAAGCGUCUUUACCAACCGAAUCUUCUUCAUCAACGGAAUCUUCAUUAUCAACAGAUUCUUCUCUAUCGUCCGAAGCUUCAUCACCAACCGAAUCAUCUUCAUCUACGGAAUCCUCCCUUUCAACUGAAACUUCAUCAUCAUCUGAUAUCGAUACGACAUCUUCCGAUAUUUAUAGUUCUACUGACGUGUCAGAAAGUACUGAUGUAACUGAGAUCUCAACAGACUUAUCUAAGAUAACAGAUAGUUCUGAUACAACAUCGUCAGAUUCUACAGAUAAAUCCACUGUCUCGUUUGCUACUGAUAGUUCUGAAACUACAGAUAUUUCUGAGUCUACAAAUAUAUCUACAGAUACAUCUGAAACAUAUUCAUCGACAGAACUAUCUACCGAAUCAUCUGGUUCAACCGGUAGUUCUGAAUCUUCAAGUUUCAAAGACAUAUCUGAAACAACUGUUUCUGAAAACAUAUCAUCUUCAGAUGCCUCUACGGACUCAUCUUCUGCAACAGAUACUUCUACUGAAUCUUCAUCAGCAACAGAUGUAACUGAUUCCACAGAGACAUCUGUAUUUACAGAUACAUCUACAGAUGUAACUGAUUCCACAGAGACAUCUGUAUUUACAGAUACAUCUACAGAUACAACUGAAUCUACCAAAACAACGGAUUCGACAUCCUCAGAUUCAACGGAAUCGUCACUUUCAACCGAAACUAUAACAUCUACAGAUGUAACUGAUUCCACAGAGACAUCUACAUUUACAGAUACAUCUACAGAUACAACUGAAUCUACCAAAACAACGGAUUUGACAUCCUCAGAUUCAACGGAAUCGUCACUUUCAACCGAAACUAUAACAGAAACAACUGAAUCUACCGAAACAACGGAUUCGAUAUCCUCAGAUUCAACGGAAUCGUCACUUUCAACCGAAACUACAACGAAAUCAUCAGUUUCGACAACAAAUAUAUCUACAGAUUCAACAGUUACUGAUUCUACAGAGUCUUCUGUAACUAUCGAAUCUACAGAUUCUACAGAGUCUUCACUUUCAACCGAACCCACUACAGAAACAUCUGUUUCCACGACAGUCCAAUCUACUGGCUCAACAGCAUCUGAUUCUACUGAAUCCUCUGAAACUUCUGAAUCUACUGACACCUCUGAAGCUUCUGAAUCUACCAAUUUCACAGAUUCUUCAACCUCAGAUAUAAGGGAUUCUACACUUCAAACGGAUACUACAACAGAAUCAUCUGUUUCUACAACAGAUCUAUCUACAGAUUCAACAGUAUUUGCUUCUACUGAUUCCUCGGCAGCUACUGAAUCUUCGGAAACAACUGAUCUUACUUCUUCUACAGACAGCUUUACAUCGACAGAACUUUUAGCUUCAACUGAAUCUUCUAUAUCGACAUCAAUUUCCACUAAGUUAUAUGAAACCACUGUAUCGUCUGAAACAUCUUCAACAGAUAUGUCUACAUCCACUGAUGUUAACUUAUCCUCAGAUUCUACAACAGUUUCAUCAUCCACUGAUAGUAUAACGGAAUUGGAGUCAAGUACAGAUGUUUCUGAAUCUACAGAUACUUCGGAAUCAACAGAAGCGUCAAGUACUUUGGGUAUAUCAGACACAACAGAUUUUUCAACAGAAACAAUUGGUCAGGAAUCGUCCGGAGACACCACUUUGGAAACUGAAUCUACAGUUAUUUUCGACUCAACUACUGACAGUUCUGGUGAUUCUUCACUUUCAACAAAUGAAUUUACCACAGUCGAUAUAUGGACAACUGAGGAAGAUUAUGAGAAGAGUACUCCUAACACAUUGGAAGCCGCUAUUACAAAAGAAUCUAAAGCGAAGAAAUGUAAAGCCAAAAAGCUUAAGGAUUGCAAAAAAACAGAGCAUGGGUGCUGUCCAGAUGGUAAACAUAUUGCAAAAGGUCCAUUUGAUAAAGGUUGUCCUAUUGCUAAGACUUGUGCUGAAACCGAAUUUGGUUGUUGUCAUGAUGGUGUGUCUGCUGCUGGUGGUAAAAACUUUGAGGGCUGUCCUCAAUCACAAUGUGCAGAAACAUUAUUCGGUUGUUGCCCAGAUAAAUUUACAGCUGCUGAAGGAGAAGAUUUCGAAGGAUGUCCAGUACCAACAACAUUGCCACCAACCACCACUACUGAAAUACCCGAAGAAACUACAGAGCUUAUGGAAACUGAAAGUGCUGAAACAGACAGUACUGAUGUACCAGAAACAACUGAUGUAUUUGAUACAACAGAUAUAUCUGAAACAACCGAUGCAACACUAUCUGAAGUUACAGUACAAUCUUGUUCAUUUAGUGAGUUCGGUUGCUGUCCAGAUGGUAAAACUGUUGCUUCUGGCAAAAACUUUGCUGGAUGCGAAGAUGUUUUUGACCCAAAGAAUUGCAGGAAUUCACUGUUUGGCUGCUGCAAUGACGGACGAACAUCAGCUACUGGUCCUGAUAAUGAAGGAUGCCCGGCAUGUACAUACGAACCAUACGGCUGUUGUCCAGACAACGAAACUCCAGCACAUGGUCCUCUGGGAGAAGGUUGUUGUUUAAAUUCACCGUUUGGUUGCUGCCCUGAUAAUAUUAACAGUGCUCGUGGUCCCAACUUUGAAGAUUGUGACUGUCAGUACGCACCGUAUGGUUGUUGUCCAGAUAAGAAAACUGCUGCCCGUGGUCCUAACAAUGAAGGAUGUGGAUGUGAAUCUUCAGAGUUUGGUUGCUGCCCUGAUAAGCUCACUCCCGCUCUGGGUCCUAAAUUUGAAGGAUGUUCCUGCCAUACAUUACAAUUUGGUUGCUGUCCCGAUGGUAUUACUGUGGCUCAAGGUCCUCAUCACUACGGCUGUCAUUGUUCUCAAACAGAAUUCAAAUGUUGUCCAGAUGAAAAAACUCCAGCAAAGGGGCCUAAUAAUGAAGGUUGUACUUGUUUAGAGAGCAAAUAUGGCUGUUGUCCUGAUGGUAUUGCCUCUGCUCAAGGUGAUAAAUUUGAAGGCUGCGAAAAUGUUAAAGAACCACCACAGUUGUCCUGCAAAUUACCAAAAGAAACUGGUACCUGCGGUAAUUUUUCCAUUAAAUUCUUCUUUGACACUUCAUAUGGCGCAUGUGCUAAAUUUUGGUAUGGCGGAUGUGGAGGCAACGGUAAUAGAUUCGAUUCAGAAAGUGAAUGCAAGGAAACCUGUCAAGAAUUUAAGGGAAAAGAUGCAUGUCUCUUACCCAAGAGUCAAGGACCCUGCACAGGAUAUAUUACCAAAUGGUACUUUGACUCUGAACGUGGACGAUGUGAAGAGUUUAAAUAUGGUGGAUGCUAUGGCACAAAUAACCGUUUCGACAGUCUGGAAGAGUGUCAAUCAUUAUGUACAGUUAGUGAAAGUAUUCCCACUUGUGAACAGCCAAUGGAUGAAGGACCAUGCGAGGGUAGCUUUGAACGGUGGUACUACGAUAAUGCGACCGAUGUAUGUCGUCCGUUUAGAUAUGGCGGCUGCAAGGGUAACAAAAACAAUUACCCAACAGAACAUGCUUGUAAUUACCACUGUCGCCAACCAGGAGUACAUAAAGAUUAUUGUUCAUUACCUAAGAAAACCGGUGAUUGCGGCGAAAAACAUGCACGUUGGCAUUAUUCCGAGGCAGAUAAGAAAUGCAUGCCCUUCUAUUACACUGGUUGUGGAGGAAAUAAAAACAAUUUCCCAUCUUUGGAAUCAUGCGAGGAUCAUUGCCCCAAACAAGUUGCUAAGGAUAUAUGCGAAAUUCCCGCAGAAGUGGGAGAAUGCACCAAUUAUGAACCUAUGUGGUACUACGAUACUAAAGAUCAACGCUGCCGUCAAUUUUAUUAUGGUGGUUGUGGUGGAAACGAAAAUAAGUUCACUACAGAGGACGCUUGUAAUCAAAGAUGUGAAAAGAAACCAGAACCAGAACCUGAACCAGAACAUGUACCAGAACCUGAAUAUAAACCAGAACCAGAAGCUAUCCAACCACCAACUGACAUCAAUGUGUGCGAUGAGAAACCAGCUCAAGGAGAGUGUGACAACUACACUAUGGUAUGGCACUUUGACAAGGAACAUUCUGUUUGUCGUCAAUUUUAUUAUGGAGGAUGUGGAGGUAAUGGAAAUAGAUUCGAAAGCCAGGCAGAUUGCGAAAGACAAUGUAUUGGUGAGGCACAAGCCGUCCCCGAACCCAUUCCAGUCCAGCCUGAAGAGCCGACAGACGACAAUGUUUGCUUAUUACCACAUGAUACAGGCGAUUGUGAUGAUUACAUGCCAUACUGGUACUUCGAUUCUACAAUUUCUCAAUGUUCUUCAUUUUACUAUGGUGGCUGUGGAGGCAAUGGAAAUCGUUUUACUUCAGAAGAGGAAUGUCUCAAACACUGCAGUGCAGAACCAGGUUUCCAGACCAGAUUUGAGCCUGAUCUGGAAGCAAGUCCAGAAAUUGAUGACGCUCGUAAAUGUUUCUUGCCAGUUGCAACUGGAAAUUGCUUAGACAACCAGGUUCGUUGGUACUAUAACAGUGUUGAUGGCGUUUGCGAUGAAUUCGUAUACACAGGAUGUGGUGGCAAUGCUAACAGCUAUGCUUCAGAAGAUGAUUGUGAAAAUGAAUGCUUCCCCGCUCAGGAGACAUGUGUUUUACCACCAUUGAGAGGCAAUGGUAAUGAAAGUAUGAUCAGAUGGCAUUUCAAUCAAGAAACCGGUAGAUGUAGUGAAUUCGAGUUUACUGGUCGUCGAGGUAAUAGAAACAAUUUUGUAACUGAACAGGAAUGUAUGUCACGUUGUGCAAGUGGCGAACCACCCGCUCCAACUUAUUCCGUGUGUGACCAACCUCUGGAGGCUGGUGAAUGCGAUAACAGUACCACGGCAUGGUACUACGAUAACGAAAACAUGAUUUGUGUGGCCUUUACUUAUACCGGUUGUGGUGGAAAUGGUAAUCGCUUCCAAUCUCGGGAACAAUGUGAACGGCAGUGCGGUGAAUUCAAGGGUGUGGACGUCUGCAAUGAGGAAGUGGCAACCGGACCCUGUCGUCAGUGGCAAACGCGCUAUUACUUCAAUAAGACUUCCCGAAUUUGUGAGCCAUUUACUUAUGGCGGUUGCCAAGGUACCGGCAAUAGGUUUGAAAAUCGUGGCGAAUGUGAAUCAGUGUGUUUAAUUGGUCAAGAGCCUACCUUCCCUCAUAAUAAAGAUAUAUGUAAACAGGAAGUGGAUGUGGGACGUUGUAGAGGUCGUUCGGAGACUCAACGUCGUUGGUAUUAUGAUGAUGCUCGUGGCAAUUGUAUUUCGUUUAUCUAUUCGGGUUGUGCGGGCAAUCAAAAUAAUUUCCGCUCCUAUGAAUCUUGUUAUGAUUUCUGUUCAAAACCGGAUAUUACAAAUGAAGUUUUGCCAAAUCGCUGCGAAUCGUAUGAAAAUGAAUGUAACUCAAUGUCUUGUCCUUAUGGAGUGCGGCGUAUACCAGUUGACGAUGAUGAAUGUCAACGCUGCGAAUGUAACAACCCUUGUGCCGAUCACGAAUGCAAUGAUGGACAACAGUGUGCGAUCGAAGUAUCUCCGAACGUACCUGGACAGUUUGUUCCCGUUUGCCGUCUCAACAAUAAACCUGGGCUUUGUCCACUACUGAGCGCUGAUGACGGUAUUUGCGGCCGAGAAUGCUAUACUGAUGCUGAUUGUAGGGAUGAUAACAAAUGCUGUAGCAAUGGUUGUGGUUUCGUUUGUGUUCGCCCUACUCCACCUACCGUGCGUACAACAGCGCCUACAACAGCAGCUCCUGUGGUUGUAUAUCCAGGAGAAGUUCGAGCCUCAUUAGUUCCAAAGGAAAAACCAGAAUUAGACGUUCAAACUCCAAUGGGUGGCAUUGCUGUCCUUAGAUGUUUUGCCACUGGGAAUCCAGCCCCUAACGUAACCUGGUCACGUAACAAUGUAGUGGUUGACACCAAUCAAGGCCGUUACGUCUUGACCUCAAGCGGUGACUUAACAAUCGUACAAGUUAGACAGACCGACAGUGGGUCUUAUGUUUGUGUAGCGAGUAAUGGAUUGGGUGAACCUGUCAGACGUGAAGUUGAAUUACAAGUUACGGAGCCUGUUAAUUUGCCUGCUUAUGUAUAUGGUGAUAGAAAUGUUACGCAAGUAGUGACAUUAAAUAGACCUGCUGUAGUUCGUUGUCCUGCCGGAGGUCAUCCAGCACCUAUGGUACACUGGUGGCGCAAUCGUAGUCGUUUACCAUUGGUCAGUCAGCGUUAUGAAUUAGCUCGUGAUUAUUCAUUAACAUUCCGUUCGGUCCAACUUUCUGAUUUGGGUCCUUAUACUUGUGAUGCCUGGAAUCGUUUAAGUAGACGUCCAGCAUCUAUUAAAGUGACAUUAGUUGCCGUUGGCCCUGCCCGUGCGGUAACCAAUGAGGAUGCACAAUAUCUACAAUAUAUUGUGGAACCUCCAAAAGCACCCGUAACUCAGCGGCCAUCUUUCCCAUAUCGUCCCACAAGACCUCCAGCAAUUCCACCACCUUAUGUACCAGCAAUUCCUGUAAGUGCAGUCGUAGGAAUGGAUCCCAAUAAUAAUUAUACACCCGGGUCCACAAUCGCUAUGGGAUGUUCUGUUCAAGGCUACCCUAAACCGAAUGUAACAUGGAUUAAAGAUGGCCUACCACUGUUGCCAAGCGAACGAAUCCAAAUAUCAGUUGGUGAACCUUAUCGUCUAGUAAUUAACAAUAUCAAUAUGGCCGACUCUGGUAAAUAUGGCUGCAAAGCAGCAAAUGCCGUUAGUUAUUCGAUCAGUGAAGAAAGUGUCAAUGUUGAAUCAACAAUUCCAUUAAAUCCUGAGUGCAUAGACAAUGAACAUUUCGCCAAUUGUAAACUUAUCGUAAAGGGACGUUACUGCAAGAAUAAAUACUAUGCCAGAUUCUGUUGUAGAUCAUGUGCUCUGGCUGGUCAGCUUUAACUCAGUAUCAACAAAAACGAUGAUAAUAACAAUACUGCACAUUAUUAAACUCCAAGAGUCUAAUAGAGGUCUUUCUUAAGAGAAAAGCACAAAUUUUGUAUUAAUUUAAGAUUAUUUUCCAUAAAUAUUUUAAAAACGUAAUAGCAUGUAUACAAAAACCUCAGGCCAUUGUAAGUGUUUAAAAAUUUAAAUUUUAGUGUAUAUUUAACAAAUUAAUUAGAACGAAAUUCAAAAAAAAAAAAAAAUAAAAGAUAUUAUAGUAAAGCCAUGCCAGUUCAAUAUAACGAUUUAUAUAGAGAAGCUUAUAAUAAAGAAACGACUUUUUUAAUUAACUGUAAGAAAUUUUAGUAAAUAAUUUGUUCCUAUUUAUUGCCCGAGUCAAUAAAGUAAAUGGUAACGCCGCUA